AAGCUUAACCAGGCUGCAGGGAGCAAAGACAGCAAAAGAAUACUUUGACUUACAUAACCUGUUCCUGUUUACAGGUAAGACCUUGAUUUAUGUUUGGUUUUUAGCCGUAUGUGGAUCAUUGUCAAAGGGUUGAUUAUGAGCUUUGUUUUAGUUAGAAGUAACCCCCUGUUUUUUUGUCUUUGCUGCUGCUGUACCAGAUGGUAAGUGACAACUCUCAAAAAACUGGGUCAACUUUUAGGUGGGGAGGGGGACAUCCUAAAAGUUUUUUUUUUGUUUAAACUUAAAGAUAAGUCUUGAACUCCCUGACUAAAACAAGUUUAUAUCCUCAUUUUUGAGAGAAGUUGCCAAGCCCAUUUCCCUGAAAAGUUGCGUGUUAUUUGAUUGUUGUCUAGGAAGGGUUCAAAGUAUUCAAGAAAUACUUCACAAAGGAAAAGAAAUCAAUAAAUGUUUUUCUUUCUGAUAAUUCAAAACUGACUUAAGAACAAAUACCUUAGAGAUAAAGUUUUAGACACAUGAAUGUGUUUGGUUGGUAUGACUGUUUUUGAUUUAGUCUCAGAUACAGUUUUAUUUCUUGAAAGUGUUUUUUUAUUGAGAUGACGUUUGUUCAGGCAUAGAAAAAACUAACUGUGGAAGUCUUGCUUUACCUCAGUUGGUUGGACAGAAGCCACAGAAUUGGGGGCUGUCUUCACAUGGAAUUCAAUCUUUUUUUAAUCUCUUCUGAUCUGCCUUAUAGCAAGUCGAAAGUUGCACUGAAAUACAUCUGAAGCCACGCAACUGUGAUAACUGUAAGGUGUAACUACAGUGUUAGAAUCAAUGAGCUUUAAGUACUAGUAGUGGUGAGUGUUUAGGAGGGUCACGUUUUCUCAAACUGCAUAAAAAAUUCACACCACUAGAUGGGGAUCUUUACUCUUCUUUUGUUGCUAUUGUCCUCUGGCUUUUCUUUGAGCUUGAGCUAAUGUUUUCCUGUAAACUCUGCACAGGAUCCAAAUUCUGUGCCACCCAGCUCAGGCAAUAUAGAUUUGAAUGGUGUUCCAUGAUGUGGGAAAUCCUGUUCUGUGAAAUGGUUUAGCAGAGUAAUUAUGGUUGAAUUCAGUGUACUCCCUGACCACCUCCAGGAAAAUUUCUUAAUUUAAAAAGCAGAACUGGAUAAGUGAUUAUAUAAUCACAUGUUGAAAAAGAUAUCUUGUUGACAUUUUAGAUGGUUAAGUAUAAGUGUCAAGAAUGUUGACUUUAAUUCUGUUGUUAACAAGGACUUUGAAAGAAACUGAAAUUUUUAUCAAACAUCAUUGAAGCAUGUACCUACAGCAUUAGGUGUCAAUAAAAGGAUCAAAUACUUUCAAGGAAGACAAGUCUCUCUUAAAAUAAGACCCUGUUUCUCGAUGAGUUAGUCUGUAUAAAUAAAGCUUUGAUAAAGAUUAGUAAAGUAAUGACAAAGAGACAAAAAAUACAGCCGACAGCUUUAUUUGAUUUGUGGCAUGUGUGGUUGUGUAAUAAAGAUAAAUGCUGAACCACAGGAAGACGAUGAGAGAAAGUUGUGCACAUACUUGUCACGGGUUGCGUUACUGGUCUUGCUUGGUAUUGGUUGUCACUAUUUAUAAUACAUCAUGUCAGGCGGGUCCCUGUUGCUGGUGUUUCGGCUCCCCUCAGAAUUUUCCACCAAAGCAGAUUGAGAGUCCACUAGUCAGCUUACACUAAGCUGGUUUCUCUGCUUAUCCACUCUGGCUGUUCUCUAUUCUUUGACUUUUUGAUUUGUUACUUUCUGUUCAUCGGAAUCCUCUGUUUUUCCUUGCUCGGUUGAGUUUACACUCUCAUGGUAUCUGAUUUCUAUUUUUAGCCAGUGGAAAAACUUUUGUCCUUCCCUCACCUUGGCGCUCAGCUGCCGGUGUGUAGUCAGCUUCUGGGCUUGCUGGCUGUCAUGCUAGCUCCGUUCUGUGAUCUGCAAUGCCCUCCUCUGAGGCUGUUUCCUCCUGCAUUGGCUAUAGGAAGCUUUUCCACUGGUUGCUAGGGCAACCGAGGAGGAUGGCCCCCAGCAAGAGUCGGGGAAGCCUUGGGCUGCGUUUCCGCUCGUCUCUUUGCAGUGCGCCUGCUGACCUGCUGUGGGCUGGUAGGAGGAGCCAACUCUGCAGAGGAGCUUCUCCCGGCCCAGUAUGGGUCCUGCUGCCUCUCUGCCCCAUCAUGAGACAGAGCUCCUCCAGCGUCAGAGCCAGUAUUCCCCUCUCCCUCUGCUGGCCACUGCACAGUUCUGACUCAUUCUGCUCCAGUAGUAACAGGAGCACGGGCGGCAAGAUGUCAUCCUCUACCUCCUCCUCCAACAGUGAUGGACAAGGGAAGCCUAAAUCUAAAUCCCCGUUUCGCAAGAGGGGCAGCCUGCAGAGCACCACCAGCCCUGGUGAGUGUGGGUGUGAGAGGGUCCUGUAAAAAGGAUGGGUGAACUCUUUACUGUACAGUGAUUGUGUCUUCAGAAAAAGCACAGAUGUUUGUACAACAGCAUUUGAGAGUGCAUGCUGCUCUUGAGGAGCAACAAAGAAACGGGAAUGAGGUUAUACUGCAGCUGCAGUUUGUUAUGUUUUGUAUCUGUUGUUGUUGAGACAUUGGUUCAAUUUGUUUGAAGCUUUGGCAGAGUUUGUAUUUUUAGCUUUUUGCUUGAAUUCUGCUAAAAACUGAUGAAACUAUACUUAUAAGACUGUGCAGGACUGCAAUAAAGUCAGUUUAUUUAAAAAUGCUGUUGCAAUGUUUGUAGAUCAGUUUACUGUUUGGAGAAUGAAAUGUUCAGAAUUCCAAUGAAAUAUUGAAUGGUCUAAGAGCCGAAAGAGCAGCUAGAAGUACAACUACUUUAACUCUGUUAUUGCUCAAAACAAAAGACUGAACUAAAAUUUGAAACAUGUAUCAGGGAGUGUUUGGCUGUUCAUUUGGGUUCAUUAUUCACUAAUUACAGUUAAUUAAUUACUAAAAAUGUUGUAAAUACUUUUGAAAGUUGAACCCUCGAAUAACGCAUUUUAAUUCUUGUUCAAAUAAUAAUCUUUAACAGUUUAGUAACCAGCACUCGUAUAAAUAUUUAUUAAUAAGUGCUAAAUGCUGCAGCUUCUUGCUACUGCCUAAAAAGUUCGUAAAAAGAAGAUAAAACCCUGUACUGCAGCAGGUUAAAAAAAAAAAAACAACAGGGUUGACUCCUCUUUUACUGUUGUGCAUUCCAGUACAUUAUGUAACUGUGAGGUUGUUUGCCCAUUCCUGGAUCGGCCUUCUCUACCCAUUGCACCAAUAAUUUAUCACAGGUCUUCCGACUCCCCACCCCCACCCUAUCUCAUCUGCUGGUUGAGACAGUGAUGUUGGAUUGUUUUAUUUUGUAGCUACGUCCAUCUAAUGUAGAGACACAAAAACAAAUUUAUCCAUUUUUUUUGCAUGUGUUAAGAUUAGAUUAGGUCAGAGGUUCCCAAACCUUUUCAGUUAAGGAGGACCCAACACUUGGUAUCUCCCCAGGACCCAAUUGUUAUUGUUUACUUACAGUCAAAUAGAAUAUGGACAUUCAGACUCACUGCUUCAGUUUACAUUGGGUUUGGGUCAGGAUAUGUGUAAAAAUAGAAUAGCUGUAGGAUAGAAGUCAGACUAAGGUCAAGUUCAGAACAGCUAACAUUAGCUUGCUGGCAACUUAUAAUCAAUUUCAAAACCAGUGACAACCCCCCCCCCCCCCCAAACACUUAAAUGCAACAUGAACACGAGAUGUAAUGAUACUUGCUCAAAUCAUUGUCACACUGUUUCUUUAAAGCCCGGUCUUGCACAGAGAAACUUAUUGUAAUUAUUCCCAGUGUUGCAGAUGCUUAGUUUUUAGAUGUUUGUCCAAUUUGUUGAAAUCUGGUCUCUUGUAACCCCCUGUUCAAAACAGGAGGUUUGUCUUCUGCUUUUCUAAUUGCGUUGGUGAAACUAUUGUUUAUGAAUUCUUUGAAUUUUCACUCUGACAUGUAUAGAAAACAAAGCUGAAGGAAAACAAGGCUAAAGUGGUCCCAUCAGUAAUACACUGCUUAUAUUACCCACUGCCCUGAACACAUUGGUGACAUUGCAGGGUCACUGGGGAAAGAAAGGGGGCGAAUGGUAGCCAAUUACAUAGUAAAUUUGCACAUAAUUUAACCUGCCAAUUGGAUAACCAAUCAAAAUGGCUGAAGUCCCAUUGUUGUGUCCCAACCCUAACUUGACAAAGGCUGGAUUGGAUAAAUGCAUUUCAUUCUGAUUAGCCAAAAUGAAUAUAUACCUUUCUGUCAGAAAUUCAAGGAAAUACAGUCUCACAAGUUCUCUCUUAAAUUAACUGGGUUAACUCAUAUUUGAUGCUGUGUAAAUGAAAGAUUACACAGAAGAAGAGGUAAAUUACAGAUGCCGUUCUGUAAAUCAUAUUGUGAUCAUUAAUUUUACACUUAAUUGAAUGACUACAGCAUAGGCAUUCAGUUAUGCUGUUGUAUUAGAGGUGUUGCAGGAGUGUUGAUUCAUAUGUUACCCUUAAGGAUUUUCUUUUAUGUCUUAUAUUUUUGGGCAUUUUUGCUUCUAUUAGAGAGGACAGAUGAAGAGGUAUAGUGCCUCUGUAUGCAGGGUGCUUUGACUGCAAGGCCAUCUGUGCCCUCAUUUCAUUUAGGUUAAAGGAUCAUUGCGCCAUAGCUGUAGCCAGUUUUUUUGCAGACUGGUCUCUGGUGAGCAUUUAGAAAAGCUUGACAAGCUAUUUUUAUCUGUGAAGAAAUUAAAUUUUAAUAUCAUCUUGAUUCAAAGCAAUUUCCUCAGUGUACCCUUACAGCCAUUCAGUCAAUGAAAUGUAUUAGCAGAACACAAACUGUGGGUGUUGGGAGGGAUGCAGUAGCAGAUCCCAAGUCGUAACUCACGUUGACAAACACUGUGCUGUAUUUGCUGAGGAAGCUUGUCUUGCUGCAGUAAUAAAUAAGUUAGAGGUCUCUCCAUCCAUGCAGUCAUUUAAAUCCUCUCAAUUAGCUGCUUGGCUGCACCCUCUGCACUCUCUGGCUGUCAUAAGAGCCACAUGCAGGCCAGCCAUUACAGGACUUUCAUCUGAAAACCCCAGUCUUUUAGCUUUGUCUAUUCAAGAUUGCUGCUGUAGAAAAAUCUACUGAAGCUGCAGCUUAAGCAGCUGGUCCUUUAUCUACGCCAUGAUUAUGAAGCCUUCAUGUUUUCUCCUGUCUUACUAUGCGAAGCAGCGCUAGAAAUUGCUUAACCCUUGGCCUGUCUUUUUAAAUCUAUUAGAUUCUUUUAAAUUCUUAUCAUCAGCUCAUAGGAACAGUGAGUGUUGGUGUUGAUUUGCUGCUGGAUUUCUCAGGUAACUUUCUUACCUGCAGAAAUCUGCCUGCAGGCUGCUAACUCCCUCUGGACUUUCUUGGCCUCACAUGAAGCAGAAUAUGUUAUGUUCUCCCUUAGCUGCCUAGCUAUAUCGGUUGAUAUAUAGAAGCUAUUAAACUGUCUGCCAGAGGAGUGGAUAGGCUCCCUCCCACCAGCAUUAAACAUUACUCCUCCACCUUUUGUUGUGACCCAAUCUGAUGCUUAGCUUGGUUUUCACUCACUUACUAGCAGAGACUAGCUCAUGUACUUUUAUUGAGUAGGUUGUCUAGUAAUCUAUCUUAAUCCUCUUUGUGUCUCUUAAUUUCAGUUACCACAUAGGAAACAUCAUUACAUGUACUCUCUGACUUGGUCAUUUUGCACUGUGAUUUCUAUAUUAUUGGAAAGCAAAGAGAUUCCUGGUAUGUAGCUUGGAGUAUAAUAAUUUGUCCAUGGUUUGAGGCCAUUUGAGAGAUAAAGCAGAGCAAUUAUCCAUAUACCACUUUUUUAAGAUAUACAUGUAAUUAAUGUUUAUUGUAAUAUGUGUUGUAACAUUUGCUUGCUUGGCACUACCUAACAAUUUCACAAAUGUAAAUCAGAUUAACAUCUUUGUUCUCUUUCCAUUUUAAAGUGGCAAUAUCAACACUUGGGUACUGGCUAAGAAGCCUCUUGAGGCUACAGCUUCUCAAUGCAAUAAAAUGUAGCAUCAAAAGAGGCUUUAGGACUGGAUAACUAGUUCCAUAAUUUAGAUUAAAUGGCUCCUAUUUUGACAUAUAACAAACUCUAGAGAGAAAAGAUGAAAAAGACUUAGAACAGGCAUUUUAAUUUGCAUAGCCACUUGUUUAUGAUACAUUAUCCCAGUGAUAACCAGUGAUAAUGAAGUAACUGACGUAACAUGAAUAUGCAAUAAUAAGAAAUGCCUGAAAACUCCCUCUGUUUCCAUAGUCAUGGUAAUGAAUGAAUUGACCUUAAACUGAACAUCUAAGCUGACAAUCAGAAUAAAACAUUACCCUGCUUAUCUAUUAUAAUCUCUACUAAACUAAGCAUUCCUAUAAUGAUAACAGACAAGCGCUCACCAGUGGGGCUGCAGUUUCCUGUAUUUUAAGACAGGAUCUUGCUACACUUUCCCAGUCCAGAGAUGGUUUGGGCCCAUGAGCUCUCCAGGCUGCUCUCACAUUUGUACAUGGUAGCUUUUAUUAUGCCCUUAAUCUUAAGAUUUGUCUGAGGCGUUCAGUUAAGUUUUUGCUGCAGUGUUUGCCUAUUAAGGUAAUGGAGUCUAACGUCUUUGCCAUGGUUGUGGGACUCCUUUAUGUAAAUUGAUCUGAUGACAUGAUGUUUGCGACAUGAUGUUUGUUCAGCAUCAGCAGUACAUUUUGUUCUACUUAAAACCUCAACAGCAAUAGACCCUCCCCCCUAUUUGACAAAGGAUUUUGAUUGGUCCAGCCUAUAUCAGUCAGGUUGUCUGUACCAGAGUAAAGCUAAACGUAUGAAGAUGCAAAUAAACCAUAAAAUUGCAUUAUCCCCAGGAAGUUUUAUGCAAAGUUAGGUAACACAUUGUUAGUCAUGAAACACGUUACAUAGGUCAGAGGUGAUCCAUCCAAUCACUGCUCUAGUUCCAGUUGACUGGUUAUUGUACCCCCCCCCCCCCUCCAGCAGUCCUCAUACAUUGGUUAAUUAUUAAUCAGAUAUGUCAUUUCUGACAUGUUUUGGCAUGUUUCUGUGGGCUUCUCUCGUGAACUCCUGUACAUUAAGUAUCUCCUAACUUGCCACGUCAUAUGGACUCUGUUCUGUUACCCCCUUGGGGCUUUUUUUUCACACCUGUUUAACUCACCAGCACAUCUACACCUUGUUACCCUGUGAACUUCAAUCUGCAUAACCCUCCCACUUAGUCCACCUCCACUCCUGUCUCUGCGAUAAACAGAAACAUAUGAUAAGCAAAAACCGAGAAUCCCUGCCCUGGACUGCAUAACCUCAGAGCAGUGUGUGUGUGGGUGUUAUGUUGACGUUAUAUACAGUACUCCUGCUGCGAAGGUGGUCUUGAAUUUUUUUAUUUCUGCAUUACUGAGCCAAAACAGAUAUCUGUUUUCCUGGCUAAAACUAUUAUUUAUUAUUUUAAACUUUCUAAUAUACAUGGUGUAAAGACAUAUUUGGGACCAAGGGCAACUAAAAGGUAUGAUGAAAAUUAAGACUUGUGUAUCACAAGACAGUUCAUUAAUUUUUUUUAUCUAGUGUAUCAUGUGAAUAUUUUGAAACUUUUGUUGAAAUGUCGUAGUAUUUCUCUCAGCUGCUUCUCUACAAUGCAUUUUAAUAGCUGAUUGGAAACGUACCCUUCUGCAUGUCUCUUUAUCCAACCACUAGAGGGUGCAUCUUACACAAGAAAGUGUUACAUCUUGUCAGAUAAUCAGUUCAAAACAAGUGACUGGUUGUCAUUGUAUGGGGUUUGUGGCCAUUCUGCAGAUAGACAUGACUGAGGAGCAGUUUACACUGUGUUUGGGUGGAAAAUUCCAGGGCUUUCUUUUGCUAUGAAUAGCUCAGUUGCUUCCCAUGUAAGAGUGGAAGUGUGUGAGUACUGGAAAAGGGAUUUUGGAGAGCCAGUGACCAAGGCCUUGAAAGCUGAAACACCAACAGGUGGGCCUGUUGUUGCUGGGACAAGCAGAUGACCAGCAGAUCCACAGUAUCUGUCCUUUUUAUCAUCACCCCAACAAAAUGUCACAUAGGCUCUACUGUGCAGCGUAGCCAGAGUCCUCAUCAUGCCUUGGGACAUGUCAUAUCUCACCAGGGUGAUCUGCAAAUUGCUUACACACGUGUUAUGAUGGGUUGAAUUUCAUCCCUGGAGUACAGUUAAGCACGCCGCUUUUGUCUGUCUGUGUUCUCAGCAUGGCUGUUAAUGAAGAUCCAGUUUCAUUCAAUCCAUCUCAGUGGAUCAUGGAUGAAACAGCAUCAGCUGAUUUUCUUGGCAUUUUAUUGUCCUGUGACCUCAGUGAGUCACUCAGUCCCUCACCCACAACUCUCUCCUGUUCACCUAAUGAUCUCCCAGCUCAUAUUCUUUAUGCCCUCAUGCACUUGAACAUUUUAAAGAUUAAUUUCUAGAACAUAAACAUAGUUUCUCUUUGGAGACAUUCCUUAGUCAAGGUUAAGUGAUUGUGAGAGAACUCUAAAGGAAUAUUUUGGGGGCAGACUGCUGGUUUAAUAAGUCCUCUAUGUAAAGUUGUGUUGCUGUUCUUGGAUAACGGAUAAUAUAAUGUUAUUUAUCGUUGCGUUAGUAAAUCACUGUACUUGUGAAUGUGUAGGAAUAGGAUCGUUUGAGAAUUGUUGAUGGAUUUUCAAUGCCAAGUUCAAGCCUCACUAUGCUUCAGGGUGUGAUUUCUAUGGACUAAAUGCCGUUGUAUGUAGCAAAGGACAAUUAUUUUGAUGUAAGAAGUAUUCUUAGAGGAAGUUUUUUUUUAUUUUAUGCAAUAAGUGUGACACAGUUACAUUCUGCAGGCUGAGGUCAUAUGCAGCAAAGCGGUUCCUGUUUGGAGCAGAGGUGGUAGACCACAACAGUUUUAGUACAAUUCCUGACUUAUCACCUGAGGAUGAUUAAGCCAUUUUUUAAUCUGUAAACAUCUGAACGCACAUAAGCAUGCAUUUAUGGACACUGUUUUUUCAUUCCACCCCAGCUUUGUUUGCCAUAUUACUAGCUAUAUAUUAUCCUGGAUUUUCAUCUGUUAACUGUUCCUGUAAGAGCAUAGUGUGUAUUUGUUGUUAAUAAUUUAUUAUUGAUUGUUUAUUAGUUAUGGUGCACUCUUUUAAUAAUUAGAUAUUAUUUCUUGUAAUUGUUCCUGGGGGGUGUUUUCAGUGUAAUUUUAGUCGUUAGCUAUGUGGCGUGAGGAAGAUGAAGAAAGAAAAUUAUUUUUUCAGUAUUUUCCUCAAUGAACGAUCAAUACUUUAGAAAUUGUCCCCCCCCCCCUUUAUCUCAGACAUGUAAUCUUUUUCACUAACUGUACAUUGACAUGUUUCAACGGAAACUUCCGCCUUACUCAGAAGUGUCACUUGGUGGUAGGUGUGACACGUCAUAUCACCUACCACCAAGUGACACCGCUGAGGAAGGCGGAAGUUUCCGUUGAAACAUGUCAAGGUCAUGAAAAAGAUUACAUGUAUGGGACAAAAGGAAAAAAAGAAAACUGUUUCUUAGAGACUGGGGCCAUAAUGAACAUCAUUCAACUAUUAAAAAAUCAAUACUUUGAUUUGAAUUUGUAUGGCUUAGAGUAAGAAGGCCACCUUUUAUCAAGCCCUUUUUUGACAGUUUUAGUCAAAAGUUUUCAUUGCAAAAGAAAGUUUAGCAUUCCUCAUAAAACCAAAGUCAGGAACUGAAAUAGUAAUAACCUGUUUACCUGUGGAGUAUUUGUGAGGCGAUGCACAACAUAUCGAAAUAUCACACAGGAUGGUUCAAAGGUUAGAUUUUUGGCUGACAUUCAAUGGUGUCAGUACUAUCAAAAAGACUCAAUUGAGUGUUUGUGUGUUUAUACCAAAGUUCACAGAAACUUGUCUUAACAGAAGCCUACACACUUCAACCAACUCAUGCAGUUCUUUCUUCUUGCCUGCAGCUCUGACCCCUCUCACACCUCUGGUCUCAGGAUCAGGGAUAUCAGCCCCUUGAUGUCUAAGUGGUGCUAAGUACAGUGUACUACAUGUUGACAGUGUUAAGUGACACAGUGCUGCUCUUUGCUAUAUUCAGAUAUGGUGAGAGAUACACUGACAGUGGUGUCUGAAAGUAUCACAGAGACAGGACAGGGCUGUGGAUAUGCCAGAGGAUGGGAAGGGCUGUGUUUUCUUUGCAUUGGUUAUAUUCAUCCAGAUGCAUAUGCUUUAAAUGAGAAUUGAUUUUUUUAAAUUGUUUUUGGAUGUUAUUGGCUGUAGGAUGAUUCAUUGUUGUGAGAUUUUCUCAGACCCAGGGAUAGAGGCGGGUGACAUUUGUGUGAGCUGCAAGUUCCUCAUUAGUACGUCCUUAAAGUGUUUGUUCUGUUUUAUGUUCUGUUUUAUUCCCAUGGGAAUCUUUGUGCAGGUGUUUGGUUUGCCCAUCAACUGACUCAAUAAUUAAGUCAGGUCUUAUUUUCCUCUGGCAGCACAUGGGAGUGCACAGACAAACUCCCAUGUGCUGUUGAUCAGAGCCUUGAGGAUAAACAGAGGUAACUGCAAUGAAGGUAAGGCUUGGGUUAAAACUGACCCCAAACCUUAGGAUUAUUUAUCCAUUUUUCUGUCUAGAUUGCUCUGGUCAUUUUAUAAGCAAGAGCAAGUUCAUGUCCCCAAAAUAGAUGACAAAUCCUCACAUGAUUUGACAGCUCUUUCAAGGUUUCUUUAAAAGUACUAUCCAUUUAUUGUCAACCAUUAGUGACGUUACAAGAGCGAUUUCUCAGUUUUGUUGAUCUUACUCCUGUGAAGCAGCAUGCUGCUGCUAAGCUGAGGUCUCCUAUAUUGGGGGUGUUUUAUUUCUUUGACAUUGGCAAAUAGGCAGGAAUUAAAAAAACUGAUGUUCAUUUCCAGCUUUUAAUAAAUUUUGAUGUAGGAAUGAACCCUCCACAACUUAAAAAAGACUCUUAUGUAUUUGUUUUUGCUGUUAACCAGAUUUUUUUAAAGUAAGUUUUCAUAAAGAAAAAUUUUACCUAUGAACUGUUGAUUUACUGUGGCAAAGUUAGGCCUCAGCUGAAAUGUAGAAGUGCUGCCCACUCGGUACACAGCAGACAGGAAAUGGAAACAUCACUGACCACCACAUGUAGCAGGCAGCACAGCUGUAGCAAUGACAGGGUGGCGAAUGUAGAGCAGCUUUGUUCAAAAGCUGUGGGUGGGUAGUUGGCAGGUUCAAACAUGAGGGUUACUAAGUUUAUCUCACUCCUCACUGCAAGCUUUGUCUUUCCCUUAACUCUGCAGGAACAAGCUGCAUUUUCUGGUUUCAGCUGAUCUAUGUCCUCUGAUCACCUUCUUAGAUACUUGAGAUUAAAAGGCAUUCAUGAGGUAGUCAACCUGUCGAACUGGAUUAGCACAUGAUAUUUGUUCUGGAUACUGGAGCACUAAAUAUAGAAAAAAAGACUCUCUUUCUUAUUGUGAGUCAUACAAGUGCACUAACAUUGUCACCACUUUUGUGCCUGAGUCUGGCAUCUGAUGGCUCAUUAGUUUUGAUGGCAUGGCACUAACAAUCACAGAAUUCAGAGCCUGGUGUUGUCUUUGCCAUGCUGUUUGUUUCAGGUCCUGUAUUUUUACCUAUUGAUUGUCAUCUGGGAAAAAACAUAGAGGAUAUUUUGUAAAUUUUAAAUAGAAAACAAAUGAAGACUUUUGUCCAAUUUGGAAAUUACAUAGCAAAAUGGCCCUGUGAUUUACAGCAGUCAUGUGAGAGAGGAAGGAAACGGUCACUGCUGAGAUCAUGUGGUUAGGAAACAGAAUGGCAUGCAGUGUUUGAAAGACUUUCUUACAUUGACACAUAGACACACAUUGAUGUAAUUUUAACACUGAUCCUGCAAACCAGUUAGGUUCAGUUUAAUUAUAAUUUUAAAACCAAAAAGGAUAAAGUGAAUUAAAAAAAAAACAGUGUGGGGAAAACAGAAUGCCUUGAAAAGGUCUGCCGAUUUUUCAACUCAUUUUUCCCUAAAUAAAUCCAGGAGAUUGCAUGUUAUCACAUGAUGGUAGGGUAUCAAAAAUUAACUGAGCCAUAGAGCUGAGAUUAAUUUUAUUAACAUCGCUAACACUGUGUGUAGUUGAAGAAACCCCCAAGACUGUAAGCCUUUUAAAAUGUACAUCUUUCAGGCACAUUCAUCUGGUAAGAUGUUGCUAAAAUCAAGCAGAGGACUCUAGAUGCAUCAGAAAAAGUAAGCUAUAACACUCAUUUAUCAACCACCUCAUAAGCCUUCUUCAGUUCUUUUUGUUCAGCUCUUUGUUGUUGUAAACCACUCUUGCAUGUUUUUGUUUCUUCUUCUUUUUAGCCAUAACAUGAAAUGGACGAUCCACAUACUUUUAUGAACUAGAUCAUUGAGUUUACAGACUUCACUCUACAGAUUGAUAUGAUUGUGCAGUGCUCUUCACUGAGGUUUCAUAAGAAGUGUCAUAUUUAUUGAUAGGUCUGCUAUCUUAAAAUAGAAAAGUAACAACUUAUGAGAAGGAUUUACUUCAGUAUGUCUUUUUUUUCUUCAUUAUGAUUCACACUUAAGGGAUUUACCCCUCAAAACAAACAAGCGAGCAUUAAUUACAUGGAUAGAUAACCUAAAGCAGUGGUUCUCAACUGGUCUCACACUGGGACCCACAUUUUCCCAUGGUCAUUAAGUCACGUCCCACUUUUAUGAAAUUCAAACCAAGCAAAUUUAUUUUAUAUUAAAAAAAAACUUUAAAGACUCAAAUCUAACAUAAAUACACCAUUUUUAUUGAGUACAGUGCAUUUCAGAGCACAUGAACUGAGGAUGACAAUGACUAAAGUUGUGUAUACAGAAAAUAUCUAAUAUCAAAUUGCACAAAAUGGAGACCAGCAAAAUAAAAAAUUGACUUAGGCUAUGUUCACACUGCAGGUCAAUUCUGAUUUUUUAACUAUAUGUGACACCUAUCUGAUUUUUUCAUGUAAGUGUGAACAGUGCAAUUCAGAUUUUUUUCAAAUCUGACCCAGGCCUCUUUUGUAUGUGGAUAUAAAUCGGAUAUGUAUCCGAUGUGACUGCAGUGUGGAUGCUCAGGUCGCGUUCAUCCAACCUAUACAUCAUUAAUAUGCAACAAACGUCACCAUUGUUCGACAACACAAACAGGCGUGGAAAGCAAUUUGUGCUUUGUGCACAUGCAGGUCACUUCAUGGACGCAUUCUGUUCACAUUAGGUGCCGCAUUCAUUGUUGUAAUGUGAGCGACCACACAAAAAUCUCGAAUUUAACAAAAAAUCCGAAUUGUGCAUCAUGACCUGCAGUGUGAACUCAGCCUUAUAUGCAUCUCUGCAUUUAGAGCAUAUUCAGAAACACCUGAGGAGGACCAUGCAACGAGGCAUGGACAAAAGUGAAUGAAUCAAAUUGCACAAAAUAAAUAAAUAAACAUGUAUUUUUACUGCAUCAGGCCACAUUAAUAAGAAACUAAGAAGGACCAUGACAAAACGCAUACCUUUCAAAAUAAGCUAUUUUUCAAAAUAAAAGACAUGCCUAUGAAAUAUUUACUUUUUUGACCAGCUGUUCGCGACCCAUCCAGAACGUGUCCGUGACCUACUUUUGGGUUGGGACCCACCACUUGAGAACCACUGACCUAAAGGGCCACAUCCUUACAGGGGGGAAGACAGAGCCUUGUACAUUACACAGGAGGUGAACAGACCACUACACACAUGUAAAAAUGCUUUAAGUAGAUCACAAAUUGAAGAUUUUACACACAAAGACAUAAUCCACAAUCCCAAAUGUUUCAUACAUUUGAAAAAAAGUUUGUUUUCAUCAUAAAUUCAAAGAUUUAUGGUCAUGAAGCCAAGCCUUCAUGAAUGAAAGGAGGAGGAAGAGAAAAAGUGGGCGGGACCUCAGACUCAGGGCCUCCUCCAUUUUAUGGCACAAUAGGGUCGAAGUAGCUCACCCUGGACCCUCCCCCUUUUUUUCGCCACGUGGUAUGUUCCAACCCAGUAUUUAAAUCCGGGAGCUUGAAAGCCGUGUUGUUCCUGGGCUGAAACCGGUGUAAUCAGGAAGCUGAGACAGAUAGAGGCAGAGAGGAGGAGAGAGAGAGCGAGAGAGAGAGAGAGAAAGAGAGAGAGAGAGAGAGAGAGAGAGAAGACUGCCUUCACAGCAUACAGGAGGCUGCGACAGUUACAACAGAAGGAGCAAAGAAAGGAGUAAAAGGGGGAGGUUAUCAGAGCAGCAGAGUGUGUAUCCUGUGUCUCUCUUCUGCCUCUUCACUGUCAUCCGUUCUUUUCCACUGUACCGACGGGGGAGGGUACAGCAGCCGCCCCAGGCCUUGUUACAUGUCCCAGCAUCCCUCAAGAACUAAAACAAGGCCACUGCGACCGUAACGGACACUGUGAGAACAGGACAAGACAGGGACUCAGAGGUACUGUAACCUGGGCUGAAUUAUAAUGUACAGUACCUCAUACUGCAGAGCUUGUUACUGUGAUUCUUACGAUGCUACAAGUUUUAACAGUUAUAUGGAAAGUAUGGUUCUUGUGACCUCAAAAUAAACCGGCUCAGAGUGACAGAUGAGGUGCUAGUAAACAGCUGUGUGUGCUGGCUCAAGUGGAACUAAAUGAAAGAAGGGAGCAUUAACAGAUGGAAAAGAUAGUUGUGUUGAUGCUGAUAGUUGAUUCCUUUAUUUUUUCAAAGGUUUACACAGAAUCUAAUGGCUGCAUAGAGGGAACAUUUGGGGCAUGAAGUCCCUGCUGCUGUGUGCUACUUCCUGCAUGAUGUGGUAAUUUUACCCAGUGGAUUAAUCACUGAGAUCCCUGCAAGUGUGCUAACAAAAACAAAACCCGCUACAAUGGUGUGCAUUAAUUCAGAAGAGGUUUGUAACAGAGAAAGGUGCCAGUGGAGCUGGUGGAAAAUACACAUCUUACUCAAGAUAACAUCUUCAUUAAAGCACCUGUGAGGAACUUAAGGGUAUGUGCCAUUUUAACAGCCUGUGGACAAAGUAGUCUUUGCACACAUACUCCUCCACAUGUCAGAGUUAUUUUAUUUUUUGCAAAAAGCCUAAAUCUGUUGACUUUAUCAAAAUAUGUUCAAAAAAUAUGGCACUUACUCCUGUGCACCGCUUUUAGGCAUGAAAAAUUGCUAUAUAGAAAUGGUCAGUUCUCGUGGCAGAUGCUUUGCUUUGCCUCUUAAGGUCAUAAAGAGGCAUUGGUUUUAAUUUCAGUCUGUUUCCUACCCACCAGAUAAAAUCUUCCCAGGAGUUUAAAGCAGUUAUUAGAAAAUACAUACUGUAUAUACUUCAACCCAGUUAGAUCUCAGGUGUUAGAUUCUGCCUUGCCUCCCUGCAGUGUUUGAUGUUGUGUAUGUGAUGAUAGUGCCUUAACUUCUAUCACUCUGCCGCUCAAAAUGUUCACGUUAUGAACAGAAAUCUGUGAUGUAAGUCCCCCACCUAGAUGCAGAUAACUUGUUGGUUUUUACAGGAGCAUUCAGUCAUUUUUGUCUGUCCUGCGGGUUGUCAUUGUGUGCUCUUUUAAAGAGCUGAUGCCCCAAGUGUUUAGAGUACAUUCAUCAUGGGCAGUUAUUUCAAUCAGCAAAAUCGUCUUCAGUGUUUGUACUCUUGUACCCAGCCUGUUGAGAACUAAUAAUGCAUUUUUAAGAUUAAGACCCAAAGUGGGGGUUUAUUCUCAUCUGUGGUUGCUAAGAAACAUCUGAAGCCUGUGUCAUGUCUCUCCUUCCAGGAGAUUAAAGUGAAACCUGUAAGGAAAACCGAGGUUUCUUAAAGCUGUAGCAGUUGACAUAAAAAAUUAAAAUGAACACAGCUCUAUGAAAUGCUUUUCUCACCUACAGACACACCUGUGCAUGGUUGUGUCUUUAUUUGUUGUUGUUGCUGUCAACAGUUUCCUAUGUUCAAAUAGGUCCAUCCUACAUUGCCGUUUAGGUGAUGUCCCUGGUUGUACAGGUCUUUCAGCUUUGAAUCAAACAAUUACUGCUUUCUUUUAAUUACAGUUCAAACAAGGUGACAGCCUUUUGGCAUUCAUUUGGUUUGAGUCAGCGAUUAUUCACAUAAUCUGGUGUCAUUAUGGUCUGGUUUAUCUUAGAGAUGCAUCGAUCCAUUUUUUUCCAAUCCAAUCUGAGCGUAUCGGCCGAUAUCUGAUACCGAUCCAAUACUACUGUUGAAUGAAUGAACUGUAUACCUUACUCUGUGAGUGAAGGCAUCAGGGUUGACAUUAGCCUUUUUAAAAAAAGGUAACAAAUUAACACGGAUAUAAAUUUACUUAAUAUUAUUUAUUAACAAAUAACAAAUUGCACAUUAGCACACAGCAAAAAGAAGUAAGACUUGCAUGUAAACAUUGAGUGCAAAAGGAUAGACAGACAUAGAAUAUAGAGCAAACAGAAUUGCUGUGUAUGAUAUAAAGUAAAAGAAAAAAAAAAGACUGGAUCGGCAUCAUUCAUCAGAUAUCCGAGCCAGUUAAUUUGUCAAUAUCGAAGCCGAUUUCCAAUCCAAAUAUUGCAUCGGUGCAUCCCUAGUCUAUGUUUUAAUCUAUGUAAAAUAGGUUCUGCCGGGUUACUCACUUUUACUUAUGUAGAUUACCUUGGGUGUUGUUAUUCUGGUUUAAACUUUCUCCAUAACCUUUCAACUGAGGAAAGUUUAAUACGUUUUGAUUUCAUUGCAACGGGAAGACAAAGAUUAAACAAUUUAAUCGCUAAGCAUACAUCUAAAAGCCUAUAAAGAAGCUUAUAGGUAACAGAAGAAAUUUUAGAAGUAAACUGGGAGAUAACUGACUCUGUUUUAGCUAAAUCAUCAUAAUGUUUCGAAUCAACAGCCAGAAGUAGGCCUGGUUGGGGAGUUGAGGAAACAAUCUGGCCUCUGUGACUUGAAAUCAUCAUCAUUUCAGAUCAUUAGGAUGAAGCACUAUACUCACAGGCAUUUUUUAUUUCUCCUCUCUGGUUCAUGAACUGCUCUGCUGUUGUUUAACCAGGAGGGACAGGGAGUAUAAGACAGGCUGUUAAGAAAGGUAUUGAUCCCCACAGUGCAACAGAGCCUGCACCACUGAUUCAAGAUGACUGUCUCUGGUUGGGUUCAAAGAACAGGUGGGAAGUGUAUGUGGGCGAUGUGCAGAUUCAGGUCCAGGAGAUGUGAAGAAAGCUUCAAAAGAGAGCUUUGUCAAUAUACAGUAGCUUUCUUUUCAAAGAAAUUAAUUUACAAUUUGGCUACAUGAAGAUGGAGCGGUGUUUAUUCCAAUAUGGUGCAGAUUAGAAACGUACAGUUUGAGGUGAGGCUAGAGUCUGGUGUCUCAGCUUGCCAAUGCCUGUGUUUCAAAGCACACUGGUUUGAAAAACAGAAAGGUUCAAAGUUUUAAUGAUAAGGCUCUCCAGAAAAAAUGCCAUAACAGAAUUGCGUUGUCAAGUCCCUUGGUGAUCCUCACUUUUUCACCAAUCAGUUGCACAGAUUUAUGUCUCAGGGACCAUCCCACAGUCUAAAGUCUAAAGUUUUCACUAUGGUCGACCCUGAUAUCAAGGAAAAUGAUCUUUAUUGUUGUAAACAUUACUGAUAUGACAGAUAUGUCAGGAAAAAUGACCAGUCGUCCGUUCAAUUACACAUCUAGUUAGUAUUUGGAUGGGCUCUAUUUUUCAUUUGGUGAGCCCUCCUGCCAUGAUGUCAUGAAACCCAGUAGCAUUGGGGUAUGCUGGAUUAAGAGUCAAGCAUGGAGGAUUACAUGGAUACUAUACUGGGAAUGACUGCGUACAUGUUGUCUGUUUGACCAUGUGAAAGUAAACAUGUCCUUACGCUCACCCCACACACGCGCACAAAUCUGGCAUAUAUUAGUCAGGGUACAAUAACUUUAUUGAAAGAGGCAUGUGUGCCAAGGUAUAGUAUUGUAGCGAUAUAUGAAAAGUUAAGGUCAUGUAUCUGCCUCAAGUCAUGUUCAUGAAACCUCCUAAACUUUCAGACAUUUUGUGUUUAUUCAGAAAUUGCCUCACACCUUAAAGAUGUUGUAUCGGUUGAAACAAAAUGUGCGUGUAUGGCUAAGCACUCAUUCUAUGUUGAUGAGUAGUCUCUAAAACUUGUGUGUCCAGCUCUGAAAUGUUUUCAAGUGCCAUGCGAGUCAUUGGCUAACUGUGGAGAGCCAUCCUCUGUUCAAUUCUGACUAUACAACCCUGGAGGCAGACAGCAGAUGGCACAGACUAAUUGUGGCAGGCCAGACACAGCACCAAUAACACAACAAUUGCAGGGGAGAGUGAGCACACCACUCCCAAAGUAAUAGUCUUAUAAUGAGCGGGUGAAUUACUUUGUGUGUGUCGCAAAUAACUGUGGUACUUUAAAAAAUAUGGCUCUUUAUAAAGUUAUACUCACUGUGUUUAUGGGAAGCACCCACAGUCAGUGAAUCUGACGUUUCCCAGUAUACGUGUGUAUUCUUGGUUAAUCCCCGUACUUGUGUUUGAUUUAACCUGGAGUGGGGCUGCCGUCAUCUGUUUCCAGCAGUUCUCAAGAAGGGAAGGCCCAUCUGUGUCAGAAUCAGGUGUGUGUGUAUGCAUGUGCCAGUGUGUACAUGUGAACUGGGGUUUCAAGUGAGUGCAUGCCCGUGUGUGAUUGAAGUGACACAUGAUCUGCUGUGCUGGUACAGCUGUCUUUCCCUAAUCCCUCCUCUGUUCUUGGAUAUAUAAAGAGGAUUUUUAGGCUUUGAUACAGAUUGUACCAUGGCCGCUGACACCAGUGCUUUUUAGGUAAUUAUGUUUAUGCCCUGUUUGCAUGUGUUUUCACUUCUGUUUAGUUAUAGCUAGUGUCUGCUUUUGACAUUCCCAGCACAUAAAGAGUUUAUCUGUAGUUCAACAAACAAACAUAGAUAGCUCAGUCUCGAAGACAAUGGUUUUCUGUAAGUGGCUUAUUUUUGGUUAAAUUUCUAUUUUCACUGAAAAUAAAGUGGUAAAAGGCAAUUAAAUAUAUAUAUACCAGUAUGUGAAUUCAAGUCCAAACUAUAAUACGGGCCAAGCCGAAUUUGUGCUAAAAUUAUAGCUCUUCUCACUCAAACUACCUCACACUGUAAUCUUUGGUUAACCAAAUUUAAAUACUUCUCUAUUUUUAUUUGUGAUUGGUCUACUUAGCUGAGCUUGUCUCAGACUGAAAUGAUAAACAGUUGUAGUGAGACUGACAUCAUCAUUGUUGGAUAAGCUGUGUGUGUCUGCAAAGCCCCUCGUCUGAUGAAAUACCUCUGAGUUCUGUAGAUAAGGACUCAUGACGUUGGAUACAGUUGGGCGGAUGCCAGGAGUAGUGGAGUAUUGAUGAGCAUCUAGUUUGUAUUUGUGUUAAGGUGUUUAGAGGAUGGUCUUCUUGAGUGUACACAUUUGUAAAGAGAAUAGGGGAUAAAUUAUUGUUCACGAUGUAUCGUCAGAAAAAUCCUCCAUGAUAAAUAUUUGCCAUCUCAUGAUAAAUAUGAUAAAUGCAAGUUGAUGACAUAAGCGCGAGCGAAGGACUCGCAGCCAUAGCCCACACAGAGCAGAAAAACAAACAAACAUGGCCGAAGGUGGAGAAGAGGAUGUUUCUGAGCAGCUCGUUACUGAACGAGGCUCCGUAUUAGGAAUUCCCUUUAAGAUUGGGGUUUAGACAAGUGCAAUCAGGUAUGCCUGACAUCAGACAGUGGAUCUGCUGCUGUUCACUCUGUGCAAUAAGAGUUUUCAGCAAAUGUUGAAAAUGUUUUCACAUCGGAGACUUGUUUGAUGUCAUUAGUUUUCUCCAUAACCUACCACUUAAACUUGUAGUUAAGUAUCUUAUUCGACUAUUUCCACUGGUGUUCUCAUGACAAAAUGAGUCAAAAAUAUUGGAAUUAGAAUAUUUUUUAUCAGGACUUUUAUCGUUAUCCCCAGAAUGGAAUAUCUUAUCGUGAUAAGACUUUUUAGCCCAUAUCGCCCAUCCCUCGUAAAGAGUUACAUUGUAAGUAUUAAUGUACAGUGUAGUGAUUUUUUUGACAGAAGCAGUUUGGACAGUGAAGUGAGAUAAAGCGAUUUCUGAAGUACCUCUGAGCCCCUCUGAGUUUUAUAUGUUUUUGCCAAUUCAUAUCCUUUUUAUGUCGCAGCAAUUGUGUUCCAAAAUAAAAAUUUGAAGACUUUCAUUAAUUGGCUUGUGAUUAAUUGAUUGCCUCUGGUGUGAUGAACACAGCACAUACAUAAAGAGAAUCUGUAACCUUCUAAAAUUUGUCUUCUUACAGAUCUUAGUGGUGCAUCUGGGCCCAAACCCCUCAAGCCCCAGAGAUCUCUCCCAGGUACACCUGUUUCUAUCACACACUUUCCCAUCGACCUACGAACUUCAAUGGAGGAAAAAUACAAAGAGAUUGCCGAGGUAAGAACUUGAAAGCAGAUCAUAACUCUUCAUAGUCAAACUGAGAAGCACUGUAAACUCCUCUAGAUCUUUUAGAUGAAUGUACUUACAUGGAAACGUGUAAGACAUGAAGCUACUUGUCUGCAAAAAAGUCUGCAAAAACUUUUCCAACUUUUACAAACUAUCACAUAGUUUUUUUUAUUAUUUAUUUGUUACACAGUGGCAUUAUCUAGUGCUUUUUCUAGGCAAACACAUCAGGUUGUUUUAUAUAACCCUCAGAGACUGCCAUAUGUCCACUGGCUCAUGUUUAUAACUUGUCUUUCCAUUAGGAGCUGUUCACACGCAGCAUGGCGGAGAGUGAAAUGCGCAGCGCUCCCUAUGAGUUCCCAGAGGACAGUCCUAUUGAACAGCUGGAGGAGCGACGGCACCGCCUGGAGAGGCAGAUCAGCCAGGACAUUAAGUGAGGAUAUGCAAACACACCAAACAAACAAAAAAACGGUUAAAUAUACUCAUUAGAAGCCCCACAGACAGGUGCACGGCUCUGCCCUGCCUCCACUCUGUACACACAGUUCUGCUUUCUCCCAUGCACACAUGCUUAUCAGCUGCCAAUUCGCCAGUUUGUGGGCUAACUAACCACAGCAAUCAGCUAACUGGGCGAGCCAGCAGUGCACACCUGUGUCAGUGUUCAGUCUUUGUCUCUUUACUUUUAUAAGUGUAUGGGUUCUCUUUUGGUGGCAGCCCAAUACUCACUGUUAUCAAUCACGGUGUAUCAUUACUAACUUGGCAUUUGGUCUCUUUGUGUGCUUGACUUCUUCUCACGACCUCUGAUACCCAUUUGCCCCCUCAACUCCCCCUCACCUUGCCCAUGCUCUCCUGUGCUGCUGCUGCUGCUCACUCCAAGGCUUGAGCCAGAGAUCUUGGUGCGGGCUAAACAAGACUUCAUGAAAAUCGACAGUGCUGCAGAUCUAGAGUGAGUGAGCUCUGCUUCAGUCUGUAUGGUUUGUGUUUAUUAACAAUUUUUUUUCUUUUUAAAUGUUUUUUUUCCCGCUUUCUUUUGGAAAUUUGCUCUGCAGCAACAUACCUGAAUUACAAAAAGUGUGUCAAAAUUAAUGUUCUUCAAUGUGUGUAGUAUUUGGGGACUCCAGACUUGUGCAAGUGCUUCUCCACAGGAUCCCUGACAGACUUUAUUGGCUCAGAAUAUCCUCCCCCUGCUGGUGACAUGAUAGCCUUACACAUGUAUACCUUUUAUGAACAUCAGCUCAGUUCAGCUGUAACUGUGAAGCACAUUCGACACAAAUGCACACCCAACGUUCUUUACAAGCAAUAAAACAUCAAAUCAGAUUAGUUAUAAAAACAAUUAACAGAUGAGUUCAGAAAUAAAUUGAAAUCAGGUCAUUAUCUUUUUCUUUCACUGUGAAAGUCUUAAAACUACCUUUUAAAAGUAUUUUAUUCAGCUUUAAAACACCUUAGUUCUUUGCUUAGUUAUGACUUCUUGUUUUCUUGGAAAUGAAACAUUCAGUUCUAGACAUUGGACAGCUCAGUUGGUUAAAAAUGGACAUUUCUAAUAAAAUUGACAGUUUCCGUUUUUUUGUGUCUGUUAGAAAAGAACAACCUUGUUAUCCCUAAGCUUGUGUUACCUUGAGAACGCUUUAUCAAACAUUUUGCAGUCAAUACACUGCAUUGAUUUCUGUAUUGUCCAUGAGAGUUUUUAUUAAAACCUACAACAGUUAGAGUCUCUCUCAUAGUUUUUGCCACCAUUCCUGCUGGUAUCCAUGUUUUUAAUCCCUGUGAAUCCCCAUUUGCCCACUUCUCUCCCCUUUUCAAUCCCCCUUUCACUUUCCGUACCCUUUUAAGGCUGCUUAAAGAGAAGAGUGUGGACACUGUUGAUGAUGGCUUUAAGGAGAGAGAAAUGCCAAUGGAGAGGGAGUACCAGCGGGUUUCAAUAUCUGGAGAGGAAAAGUGUGGGGUGAGGAGUUUGAAUGUUUCCAUCAGUAUUUCAAAUCCAGCUCCACCAAUUUUAACCCAAUUCACACCAGCUUUUGUAACCGUCUUUGGCCUUCUUCCUUCUUCCUCAGGUGCCCUUCACUGACCUAGUAGAUGCUGCAAAGUGUGUGGUGAAGGCGUUAUUCAUCAGGGAGAAGUAUAUGAAGCGAUCUAUGCAAAGUUUUUGUAAGACUACAACUCAAGCCCUGCAGGAACUUGGGAUGAAGCCACUGGACCUGAGAGUGUAUGAUGAGAUACCGGAGACCCCUGUAGAUGCCGGUAUGAGAAGCGCACACCAAACACUUAAUUUAAAAGCUAGAUAACCACUGUGUUCCAUCCUUUAGCCAUUUCAGUUUUUUUUAUUUACAGAAGUAGUACUUUGCAUAUUUUUUUAAAGACAUCUAGCCCUUUAAUGCCUGAAACCACAAAUUAUGGCCAGAAAAUUCAUUUUUUUUUUGGAGCUGAAAUUUUUAUUUCAUUUACUACUGAAAACCCCAAAAAUCAAGAUGUCCUUAGAAUUUAACUUAUAUAUUUAUUUAUCUCGUUUGAUACAUCAGAUGUUUUUGGAAACUGAUAAACCACAAGAGGACAUUUUCAUCGUUUAUCGGACUGUAUUCAGGUGUUUUUUUAGUAAUUUGUUGAUCAUAUUGAUUUGAUAGAAGUAUAUAAAAGAAUGUAUCAAAUAUGAUACAAAAGGCAAUAAAGGGUUAAAAUGAAUCAACUAAUUCAACCAAAUGGUUAAAUUAGGAAACCUUUUCUUGAUCAUUUACGGUUGAUGGAUGUUAUAAACUAAUUCAUGUGACUCCCCUGUUUCUCCAGAUGCCCCUGUUCACCCACCUGUUUCAGAAACACACCCCUAUGACAACCAGGACCCCAAGAAUAUGCCCCCGGAUACAGGAUACGGUUGCAAAAUGGUGGAUGGAGUAGUCCACGUCUACACAAAGAAAACCAACAUGGACAAGUGUGUGUUUGUAUCAGCAGAACAACUUGACACUUUUAAGGAUUUCUGUUUAUUUUUUUCAUUUCGGUUCUUUGUAGGAGUUCAGAACUGGACCUACCUUAUCCUGACCUGAAAGAGUACAUUGCUGACAUGAAUGUUAUGAUGGCGCUCAUCAUUAACGGACCAGUGUGAGUGUUCAGUCCAAACCAAGUUUUGUUUUUUUUUUUAGCUCAGGGUUUAUUUUAAAGGACAUCUUGUGUGUUUUGUGUAGGAAGUCCUUCUGCUAUCGCCGCCUGCAGUACCUGAGCUCUAAAUUCCAGAUGCACAUCCUCCUUAAUGAGAUGAAGGAGUUGGCGGCUCAGAAAAAGGUUCCACACAGAGACUUCUACAACAUUCGAAAGGUAAGAGCUGAUAUGUGAUUUGUAGUUUCAGGGGGGGGAAAAAGAAAGUUUUGAACAUAGGACUGAGCAUGAAGCUGAGAUCAUGGGUACAUAUCUGCCUCAUACAUAUUCUUCUGUGCCCUACUUUCAGGUGGACACACACAUACAUGCAUCAUCCUGCAUGAAUCAGAAGCACCUGCUGCGAUUCAUCAAGAGAGCCAUGAAGAAAUACCCCGAGGAGAUUGUUCACAUCGAGAGAGGCCGCGGUCAGACUCUGAAGGAGGUGUUUGAGAGCAUGAACCUGACGGCGUUUGACCUGAGCGUAGACACACUUGACAUGCAUGCUGUGAGUAUUAUGAGAGUUUCUACGAAAGAUGGAAUACGUUCACUAGAAAUUCACAAGUGGUUUUACUGGUUUUGUUUACUUCUCAGGAUCGCAACACAUUCCAUCGAUUCGACAAAUUCAACGCCAAGUACAACCCCAUUGGAGAAUCCAUCCUCAGAGAGAUCUUCAUCAAGACUGACAACCACAUCGGAGGAAAAUACUUUGGACAUAUUGUCAAGGUGUGAACACAUCCGUAAUCCUCUUCUUUAAAAAAAAAAAAAAAAAAUCUGAAACGUAAAAGAAGCUUAGGUAUUAUUAGCUUUCUCUAUUCAUCCAGGAGGUGAUGUUCGACUUGGAGGAGAGUAAAUACCAAAACUCUGAGCUACGUCUGUCCAUCUAUGGUCGCUCCUGGGAUGAAUGGGAUAAGCUGGCUCAGUGGGCUGUUAAUCACCGAGUGUACUCUGAUAAUGUUCGCUGGCUCAUCCAGGUGCCUCGCCUGUUGUAAGUACUUCACCCACUUGCUUUAGCUUGUAAGUAGAGCUGUUGCGGCAUUUAUAGAUUUGCAACUAUGACUAUCUACUCAACAAAUGUAAACACAGAUAACAAUCCCUGCAAUGAAGCCUAUGUUUGGAGAAGGAAUGGGCACGAUUAACCGAUGAUUGAUUAAUUGAUGGUUAAGAAUUAUGUCCAUCAUGCAAAAUUUCAGUCGAUCUAACGUAAUUAGAAAAGGUCUGACAGUGUGCGUCCAUCCUUCAGCUGCUUUCCAGAAAAGAUCAACCCUCUUUGUCCAGUCUGUGUGUGUGUGUGUGUGUGUGUGUGUGUGUGUGUGUGUGUGUGUGUGUGUGUGUGUGUGUGUGUGUGUGUGUGUGUGUGUGUGUGUGUGUGUGUGUGUGUGUGUGUUGAAGCAAUGCAGGGACUAUCACCAUGCGGAUUUUGACAUUUUACAAGGGGGAGUGAUACAGUGAUAGAUACUUAGGUAGAAGUCGAAAAAAACAUAAAGAAGGCAAGACGAAGUGUGGUGUGGGACCAUUUCGAGCAGAAAUAAAAAAUGAUGAGGUUCGCUGCAAAAACUGUGAUGCCGUGUACAAGUACAACACGACAACGACCCCAAUGAUGAACCACUUGAACCACAUACAUCUGACUGAGGUUGAUGAAUCAGACUCAGACUCUACCAACAGCUCCUCGCUAGCAAGGAGGAACUGCAGGGUGGCUAGACGUGCCCAAUUUUGGAUUACCUAGCCCUGGCUAAAGUUGUCCCUGGAAAUCUCCCCGAUUUUCAUGUUUCAUAAAUGAGAAAAAAAAGAAGGUUAUUACAGUAGCUGGGCAGGUAGGAAGCUUGAAUUAGCAUGUAGCGGUCCUGAACAACAGUUAAGGGGGUUCAAUGAGGAAAAACACGUUUUUAGCGUAUUCUCUGUCAUACACAUAAAAAACGAUCAAAUUGAUGAUUGAUUGUAAAUUUUUAUGAUUAAUUGAUCAACUGACUUUCUUAAAAUGCCCAUCCCUAGUUUGGAAUAAGGUAGCCUUCAUUUUACUUGGAUCAUAAUAACCACAGCGGUAACAGCAAAUGUCACUCUUGAACCCCCAUCUCCGCAGUGAUGUGUACCACACAAAGAAGCAGCUGGCCAACUUCCAGGAGAUGUUGGAGAAUAUCUUCAUGCCUCUGUUUGAGGUCUCCAUCGACCCAGGCAGUCAUCCUGAGCUGCACCUCUUCUUGGAGCAUGUGAGUGUCAACUCCACGAAGAACACGCCAGCAUGAUAUUUCGCACAAAGAGAAUGUGACAUGGUUUAUUGUUUUAUUGUUCGUUUGUUGUGUGUUUGUUGGUAGGUGGUGGGCUUCGACAGUGUGGAUGACGAGUCAAAACCUGAGCAUCACAUUUUCAACCUCGACAGCCCGCUGCCAGCCAACUGGACAGAAGAAGACAACCCACCCUACUCCUACUACCUCUACUACACCUACGCCAACAUGACUGUGCUCAACCACCUGCGGCGGUAUGCACUAGCCUGAUACAGCUCCAUAUAUUCAAAGUCAUUGUCCUACUUCAGCUCUGAUGUGUUUUUGUAAACUUUUCGUCUAACCCAGGCGGCGAGGCUUCCAUACAUUUGUGCUGCGACCUCACUGUGGGGAGGCAGGGCCUAUCCACCACCUGGUGUCCGGUUUCAUGUUAUCAGAGAACAUCUCUCAUGGACUGCUGCUCAGAAAGGUUAGGACAGAGGAGACUGGCUUGUUUCCAGAACACUGCUGUGAGCGUGUCUUUAAACGCUGCCCAUGCAUUACAAAACUAACAUUACCAAAUGUGCAAAAUAUGUCAUGCUUUAAAUUUUCCUUUAGCAGAUGUUGGAAUGCAAAGGCAGAGAAGGCUGAUAAAACUAUUUUUAGUUCAACUGCACUGAAUUGGCCUAAUUACAGUUAGUGAAGCGCACUGACAGUAAAAAUCUAUUGGGUAAUCCAUAAAAGCAGAUGACAUUGCUGUCCUCUAAAUAUACCAGUAGACAACAGGCCUCCAUUGAACUAAGCCACCAAUGAAACCAACCUAUCUGUAUCUGUUGGGGGGUCUGUGACAAAGAUGUACACAACUCUGAAUAAGCUGUCUCUUCUGUCUUUGCCCCCCUCCCCUCCAGGCCCCGGUGCUGCAGUACCUCUACUAUCUGGCCCAAAUUGGCAUCGCCAUGUCGCCGCUGAGUAACAACAGUCUGUUCCUCAGUUACCACCGUAACCCUCUGCCAGAGUACCUGUCCAGAGGUCUCAUGGUCUCUCUGUCCACUGAUGACCCUCUUCAGUUCCACUUCACAAAGGUCUGUAUGGAUCCAAACACUGUUUAAACUGAAAAAAAUGACAAGUGGCAGAACUGAGGUUACAUUUUUCCUGCUUUGUGUUUUUCUGUGGGUUUUUUUUUUUUUUGUGUGUGUUUGUUAUGCCCCAGGAGCCUCUGAUGGAGGAAUACAGCAUCGCCACUCAGGUGUGGAAACUAAGCUCAUGUGACAUGUGUGAGCUGGCUAGAAACAGCGUCCUCAUGAGUGGGUUUUCACACAAGGUAAACCUCUCAUCUUUAUGUUUAAUCGUAUAAUAAUACCUUAUGUAUAUUAAAUGAGCUUCCAACCCACAAAGUUUAUUCUCCCUCCAGGCGAAAAGCUAUUGGUUAGGCCCCUGUUAUUCCAGGGAAGGUUCUGAGAGCAACGACAUCCGCAGAACCAAUGUUCCUGAUAUCCGUGUGGCGUACCGCAGUGAGACGCUCUCCGAGGAGCUGCAGCUCAUCACUCACGCUGUUCGCACUGAAGAGCUGGACACCAUAGACGAGGAGGACUCUCUGUCCAUGGGCCCCCUCCCUGGAGGGCGCUGAUACUACAAGCACCUGGAAUCGUCCAGUUAAUCCACAAGUCCAACUAGCAUAACACUGAGGAGUCUGAAAUGUCUGUCGUUGAUCUAGUUUACAGUCUAAACACCCCCAACAUUUGCCAUAGAAGUAGACCGCACACUGGCAGCCAUUGAAAAGCCAAGGAUGUAGGUCUAACACCGCAUGUCAUCCCCCACCUGUUUCAGUUUGAUGUUUUUGAGUAAUUUUAGGCUCCAGACAAAGAUUUUAUCAAGGUGAUAAGUUUCAUUAUCGAGCAACGAGUUUGAACUCACCAGAAUUUACAAAGCAUGUCGGACUUCUGCGGUAUCCGUAUACUGCAGAAACACCAGCACACUCAAACUUGCCAUGCUGCUAAACUAUAAGUAAUGCAUCAAUCAUCUUUACUAUACAAAUUUUUAAUGAAGUGCCACGAAUGAAGAACCAUUCAAAUAAUACAGUUUCACAUACUAACUGUGAUGGAUCCCAUGUUCUAAGCUACUAGAGAGCAGCUUUAAUCUUGGGUUUAAACUGCAACUGGUGUAGGAGAGUUCACAUGAAGAGAGGACCCAAUCUGUCUGAAUCAUGAGUGUCAGCAAAGCAUGAUGCCCUGUGAGGUUUCAGAUCACGUUAUUUGCCAAAUUGCACACUGAAUCGUUCUUCCAUGAGACACGGGCAAACUCCAAAGCCUUCACGUCAGGAGAGUAGCAGCAUCCUGCGGUUGACUGCAAAACAUUCCAUGAAGCAAACGGUCGUUUUAGCUGCUGUAAAUGCUGAACGUUAUUGAGUGGUGUUUACUGUUGGAGAGGGGAAAAUUGCAUUGUAGCUUUUUGCCACACAUAGAUGUGGAUGAACAUUGUCUAAUGAACACCCUCACUGUGACCUUACUGUGGCCAUGAAGACCUGAACCCCUCUGCCCUCCCUGUGGACCCUCUUUGACUCAUUCCUCCCACUCUGAAAAAAAAAAAACAGUCAUCUCCUCUGCAUGCAACUGUACAUAGCAGUAUGCACAAAGCCAAGACUUCACAGUGCCUUUUCCUUUUCAGCUUUGGGCACUGCAUGCCCAGAUUCUGUCCAUACUAGGGGAAUGUGUCUUUGUUUCUCUACAUACAAAUGCUUUUUGUAUGCAUGCCUGCAUGAACAAUGGAUGGCAGAGAGAAUGAUUGUUUACGGCAAGCUGUAAUGUAAAAGCAUCCUCAUUGAUUCAGGACUUUCAAGCCAGAAAUUUCAUACAGCAAAAAGAUUCAAACAAACCAUGUAGAAACGAGUAAAAACCAUGCUGGGACAUGGUUAAGACUGAUGCAUGGGUUCUGUAGCAAACAUUACUUUAAAAAUCACCCAAAACGGAUUGAAGCUGGGAUCAUGUUUUGUACCAUACAUCAAUGUAUUAUCACAUCCUGCCACUGCACACGCUCCAACCUCCCAAUCAGCUGUGAAUAUAUCAACCAGCUGGAAAAUACUGAAUGCGUAAACUUGGAAACUGUCCGCCUUUCUUUGAAUGACCAAGUGUAAUGUAUUAUUAUACAACCAUGUUUGUUUCUAGAAAGUAAGGGUAAAAGAUGUGUGUUCAUCUUUGCUCAGCGAGAACACAGUAGCGUCUAGAUGUUCAGGGGAUGCACUUAAGUUUUGUGCUGAUCUCGGUGAAAUGUGUGUUGGAUUUCAUAAAAGUGUAUUUUCUAAAGGUGAUCUAGAAAUAAGAAAUUUUAUAUUCAGAGUAUAUUAAUGUUGAAGUUUAACACAGUUUUGUUGAUUAGCAUUUUUAUGUUUGAAAGUAGAGUUUGUUUUUUUUAACAGUCUGAUAUUGUCAGUCUUUUUAAGUUGUUUUUUAACACCGUAAUUAUACAGAGCCAUUUUAACUCACUUGCUCACUAUUCUGAAUAAUUGUUUUCAGUAUUGCACAACAGCUUUCACCCAUGAUAGACAAGAAAUUGCACUUCACCUAAACUCUCAUACAAAAAUGGGUCUUUUUUUUAUUUUAAGUUUUAUUUUAUUUUAACUUUUUCUUUUUAAUUUUCUACACCUACUGUUUAAACAAAUCUGCUUUGUGACACAGAAAUGUAAGUUUAAUAUCAGAAUGAAGAAUCUGCACUGGCCUGAACCUUUUCCAUCCAUAUAACUUUACUACUUCUCAUGACAUCCACCUCAUGGUUGCACGUUCUCUUUACAGUUAGCACACAUAACAGCCUGCACCCUACCUCACAAAUACUCACCUCUCGUAAGUGUCAUCGCUCUGUUCUGUCCGCAGCAACAGCAGGGCCACAAUUUAGGAUUAUGUUCACUAUACUGUUGUGAGGGGAAAGUCAGGGCACCCCUUUAAAAAAAGCAUAGUUUAUUUAUUAAAAAAAUAACCUUGAUAGUUAUGGUCUCUCUGGUAAAUAGGAAAAAAAGACAAUAUUAUCAGAAAUCAUUAAUGCACAGUUACUUUUUAUUUUGUAAAAAAGUACGAAAUUACAAAAAUAAAAAUCAUCUUUUUGGCAUGUGCAAAUGUCAGGGCACCAUGAGAGCUUUAAAGUGUCUGGUCUUUCAAGAUUCUUUUUAGAAGCUCAGACUUUCACCAGCUCGUUAGUCGUGAAGCAGGUGUCAACAAUUCUCAUCAGGGAGCGCCAGCUGGUGCCAAUUUAAGGGGUUUCAACUCCACAAACCUCGUGCAUUCAUCCAGCAACCAUGGGUUCCUCUAAGAAGCUAUGUAAGACAGAAACAAUGAAAGUUAUUGAUGCCCACAAUGCAGGGGAGGGCUACAAGAAGAUAGCAAAGCGUUUCCAGCUUGCAGUUUCCACAGUGCGAGGUAUAAUUAAGAGAUGGCAGGUGAGGGGAACUGUGGAGGUCAAGAUGAGAUCUGGAAGACCAAGAAAAAUCUCAGAGAGAACAGCUCGUUUGCUGGUCAGGAAAGUAGAUCAAAACCCACAUUUGACUUCAAAAGACCUGCAAGAAUAUUUAGCAGACGCAGGAGUGGUGGUGCACCCUUCCACUGUGCGGCGAUGUUUGAACGAACAAGACCUUCAUGGAAGAGUCUGCAGAAGAAAACCUUUCCUGCGUCCUCAUCAUAAAAUACAACGACAAAAAUAUGCAACAGAACAUCUAGAGAAGCCUGAUGACUUCUGGAAACAAGUGUUGUGGACUGAUGAAGUUAAAAUAGAACUCUUUGGCCACGAUAAGCAAAGGUAUUUUUGGAGAAAAAAAGGAACAGCUUUUCAGGAAAAGAACACCUUGCUAACUGUGGAAUAUGGGGGUGGAUCCAUCAGGCCUUUGGGGUUGUGUUGCAGCCAAUGGGACAGGAAACAUUGCUCGAGUGGAGGGCUGAAUGGAUUCCUUUAAAUACCAGCAAAUUCUGGAGGCAAAUAUCACAGUAUCUGUAACAAAGCUGAAGCUGAAAAGUGGAUGGUUUCUACAGCAGGAUAAUGAUCCUAAACAUACCUCUAAAUCACUACCUUAAGAAACGCAAGCUGAAGGUUUUGUAAUGGCCUUCACAGUCUCCAGGCUUAAACAUCAUUGAAAAUCUGUGGGUUGUUCUUAAAAGAGCUGUGCAUGCAAGACGACCCAAGAAUAUUGCAGAACUGGAAGCCUUUUGCAAGGAAGAAUGGAGGAAAAUCCCAAAGGGUAGAAUCCAGAGACUUGUAGUUGGCUUAUAAAAAGCAUUUACAAGCUGUGAUAUCUUCCAGAGGGGGUCUUACUAAGUACUGAAGGUACUGAUGCUGAAGGGUGCCCUGACAUUUGCACAAGCCAAAAAGAUGAUUUUUAUUUUUGUACUUUUUAUAAAGUAAAAGUAACUGCAUUAAUGAUUUCUGAUAAUAAUUUCUUUUUUCCUAUUUACCAGAGAGACUAUAAAUAUCAAGGUUAAUUUUUUAAUAAAUUAACUAUGCUUUUUUUUAAAGGGGUGCCCUGACUUUCACUCACAACUGUAUAUUUAUUAUGCUUUUCCUAUCAAAAGAUAAAUGGGUAAUGAAUGUGCAUGAUACAUUUUCAAAGUGGGGCAUUUAUGAAUUAUGAAAAGUUUGUUUCCCCAACAAACCCCAAAACUUCCCUUUAUCUUCACAGUCACUCAGAUUAUCAACUUAUUUACCACGUAGAAAAGUGUGAACCCUUAAAUCCAAGUCAUUUUACAUUUCAAAAAGGGGUUAAAAGAUGUACAAAUUAGCAGAAUUAUUGAUAUUUUUGCUAAUCCAAUGCUUAAUAAUUACACAGAAGUGAUGAUUCACACUUAAAAAUUGUCAAAAUUAUUUACAGUAACACAGCAACUAAUUAAACUAAGUAAUCUUAAAUCAAUAUUAAGUAUAAGAUCAGUUAAUCAGAUACUUGCUCCGAUCACAGAUUUCUUGUUUAGUCCUGUUAUUGACACAUUCAAAUGGUAUACUUUCACUCUACAGUAUUUUGAUGCCUCCAGUCAAGAUGUAUUUGUAUCAGCUCAUCUUUCCCUGUACUGUUUUUACAGUUUUGUCACUUUUCAUGUUUAUUUGUUUUUUUUAUUUUUAUUUUACAGUACUACUUAAUGUCGAACUAUCUUUAGCCAUAUUAUUGCCUGGAGUAGAUUGCCAAUGUUGAACAGUUUCAGAGGCUUCCUCUGAAAAGACUCACCUGUAACAUCUGAUUGAUGAAAUAAAGCAUGAUAACUCACUUCACCUCUG